AAAAAUUAAAAAAUAAAACCAUAAUCGCCGCUGGUGUCUUUCCUCUCUGCAAGAACAACCGCUUAACCGACACAUAAAUUCAUACAAAAUGAUUAACAAUAAUUUGGAUUAUGAGCCAGCGGGUGUUGUCACCACCAACACCGCAAUAGCCAAUGGCGCGCCAGCAACCAGCACAACGUCAGCAGCCACAAUAUCACCAACAACGGUGAACAGCAACAAUCGCAACAGCAACAGCAACAGCAAUCAUCACAACGUCGACAACAGCAGCUACUUUAAUCGUUUCGACAAUCGCAUUGCCGCCAAUUUGGCUGCUGUGCUGACCGGCUCACGUUUCCGCUCAUCCUCAACAUCCUCGUCAACGUCCACACCAUCAGCAACGAAGACAUUGCAGCGCGCAAAGAAUGCGAAUAACCUACGCAGUUCCGCACAGCGUUUCUCGAAUUCAAGUACAAAUAUGCAUACAGUUGGCAAAGCCAACAAGGGUCAGCAUUGCAACGGUGUCUCUACGUUGGGUGCUGGUGGUGGUGGUGGUGGCGCUGGUAUUCGGCAGCCACCCACUCAUCUGCAGCUGCAUAAAGGCGGCGGUUCGCGACCUUCAUCGCCCGUAGUUGCCGGCUCAGUGGGGCGCAAUCGACGACCGUUGCAUUUAUUCACGCAGGCGAACUUGAACUGCAAUGAUAACGAGAAGGCUGUGCAUACACCACCCAGCUCGGACGAAGACAACUCACCCACAGAGCUGAAUAAUUGCAAGCGUUUGGUCGACAAACCGCCUUUGGUCAAACGUUUAACUAUGGGCCUCUUGCGUUCGAAUGAGGAGUCAAGACCGCUUGUAAGCAUACCCACACCUACCAGCACAACAAAUACAAACACCCUUUGCAAUGCGAAACUGCACAGCUCGACGAGUAAUCAGAUUUAUUCAAAUGGUUAUAUUAACGAAGAAGCCUUUGAGCCGGAGAAAUUUAUUGCCAGCAAAUUUGGUGAUUCAUGUCGGCAGUCGCUGACAGCUAUACCCAUGUUGGAUACCGUGAAUUUGAAUGACAAUAGUGAAUUCAAUUUGAAGAAGCGUUAUUUACGUGAAACGAGUAGUGCAAACUCCAGCCCAAAAAUAUUCGCCAAUCGCCUGCGCAACAACACCUUGGCCGUUGCUCUGCGUCCCAAUACCACCUCCAAUUCCACCACAAACACCGCCACAACAACGGAUGCCUUAGACGAGACAGAGGAAGCAGAUCUCAAGGAUGCUUCCUGGUUUCAGGCUGGCAUUUCACGUGACAUAGCCGUCGAAGUGUUGUCCAGCAAAAGUCCUGGUGCCUUUUUGGUGCGCAAAAGUACCUCCAAGCCUGGUUGUUUCGCCUUAACACUGCGUGUGCCAUCACCACCGGGACCUAAAACGGCGAACUAUAUCAUUUUGCGUACAGCGAGAGGUUAUAAAAUAAAGGGCUUUCGCAAAGAGUUCUCCACGCUGCAGGCGCUAAUAACCCAUCACUCGGUUAUGCCUGAGCUGCUGCCAGUGCCGUUAGCCUUGCCACGCCCAACAAAUAUGACAUCAUCACGUAGAAAUAUUGACGAUUUCGAUACUUACGAUUCUUUGCAGAUGUUAGUUAAGUAUUUACGCGCGAAAACUUUGGAAAAUGAGUAGAAAUAAUGCAAGUGAUAUAGAGUGAAAUGAGUUGGACUUACCUGAUGUGAAGAAAGCACAAAGCAAACAUAGUAAACUAGAAAGAAGGAAGCAAAAGUAUAAAACAAUUACAACCGAAUAACUAACACCACUCAAAUUUAUGUUAUGUGGUUUCAGCCACUUCCGCUAAACUCCUCGUACACAUUAAUCAGCUGCAAAAGAACAAAAUUCAGUAAUCAUCCCUAAACGUCAAAAAAAAAAAUUCAAAAUAAAAUAAAAAAAUAAACUAACAAUAAAAGUUAUACAUUUUCAUAGCUUCAUCCAAAAACAAAGGCAGACUCAUUCAAUAUCCCCACAAAAACAUAAAUAUUCAAGCUAUUUGUAGUAGGAUAGUUAUAUGUAGCUAUAGUAUAUGCUAGUUAUAUGAAAGUAAAUAAAAAAGUUUAUAAAAAAAAUGUGAUAUCAUUAAGUGACACUACGUACAGAGUUAGCUGAUGCAUACGCCGGCAGCGUCAGUUAUGCAACUACUUAUAUAACUAGUUUACUUAGUAUGUAUGUAUUGUAUAGUAUUUAAUGUUAAAGUUGUUUUGUGUGUGUGUAACUGUUAAUGAAAAGAAAAUGCAUGCACACGCUUUUAUGCAUUUAUGUGUGUAGGUAUUUUUGGUCUAAGACAAAAGUUUGAAGCCUAUUUAGACACUUUUUGAAUACACUGUAAAUAAAAUUUAUUUUCUGCAAAA